UGUCUCAGCCUUCUUCCAAUUUUUAUCUAUUCUUAUCCUCCCUCAUCACUCCAUUUUGAACCUCCCCUGUAUGGGUCCCUUUAUAAUCCCUGCCCGCUCCCCUCUCCGUCAUCCCAACCAUGGCUAUUUCGACUCGUCCGGCUGGGAUCAACGGUCAGGUCCCCGCCGUAUCUUCUCCCACCCUCACCACCCAUUCGAGUUCCGACAGUGAGGGACCAAUUGGGCCGGACGCCGCCCGGGAGGAUGAAGCCAACGAGGUCAUCGGGGUCAGUAUCAGUCGCAGCCAGAGCCGAAUGAAGGCGCGUCUCACGCCCGCCGAAGAGAAAAGUCGGGUGAUGGAACGCCAGGGCGGCUACUUUGAGCCCAUUCCCGACACGCCGGACGCGGAGGGUCUCUUUGCCUCUGACAUUACCGAUGAACCCGAGUCGUUGCCCGAGGCUUCCAAGCCCGCUGUCAACCGGGCGCCUCCAUCGGACCUCGUGGCACCACAGCGUGACAGCGCACGAACACCCAAGGAGGGCCAGCGAUCCAGUUUCACCCGGUCGAUCUUGACCGGGCUCCCCUUGCGACCCCGGGCAUGGUCGGGCGACUCCUUGACCAACCUCCGACUCAAGAAGUUCCUGCCAGACCUGUUGACUAAGCGGUCCUCCCUCUCCUUCCGACCCAGCUCAUCGGCCCAGGUUCGGGCCCGCAGUCAAACCCUGAAACCCGCCUCGAAGCUGGCGCUGGAUCAGGGCAAGGAGGAUGCGGCGUCGCUGUCCCGGCGCAAGUCGUUUUCCGACCCCGAAUCCAGCCGAGAUAGCCCCGAGGAGCAAAUCUCCGAUCUGGAGCCUCUCGGCGGCGCAACGACCGCCAGACAUUCCUAUGCGCGGAGACCCAGUGCAACCGGGCCAGCAGUGCCGGCCAUGCUACGAAGAUCGUCAUCAGAUCAGUCGCUCUACUUGAGAGCCUCGUCCACCGCAUCGUCGCUGGACCAGCGGCCUCGUUACGAACAUAUCCAUUCGCAAGUCAACAGCCGGUUCAAGGCGAUCAAGGACAGUCUGCAGGAUUCCAGCAGUCGGCUGCUCAGCAUGCCCACGCUGCACUUGCAGGACCUGCGGAGUGAUUGGGGCUACAAGCCGUUUCUCUCCGAUGUCGCCCAUCGCAAAGGGCACGCCUACUCCACGCCGGAGCAGCCGCUCGCCGCCCGAGAGAUGCCGAGCGAUGAUCCAUCGCAGCUGCGAACCCGCUCGCCGCGGACCAGCAUCAGUACCCAGUACCCGAUGCUAACGGAAGCCAUGGCAGAAAUGACCGGCGAUGUAGUUAUCCUCGGAGGUUACCGGGGGUCGGUCUUGCGGUCUGCCAAACCGCCGCAGCGCCAGCUGUGGGUUCCGAUGAAAGUUGGCUUGAAUCUUCGCAAGGUGGAUCUCGAGGUGGGUCUGAACCCGGAAGACGAGGAGCGGAUGGAGGAGACGAUCAUUCCCUCCGGCGUUUUGUCUCAUGUCGGCCCGGUCGACAUCUGUCGUCGUCUGAUGAAGCGCCUGCAAAAGUGUCCGAACGCCGUCAGCGGGGAUCUCCGGGUGUGGGACUAUGGCUAUGACUGGCGGUUGAGCCCGCAUCUGCUGGCGAAGCGGCUGGUGAAAUUCCUCGAGGGGUUGCCCUGUAACUCUCCCGAUACGCCCCCGGAAAAGCGAGGAGCCUACGUGGUGGCCCACAGUCUGGGUGGCCUCAUCACCCGGCAUGCCGUCAAUCAGCGGCCAGAACUCUUCGCGGGUGUUCUCUAUGCCGGUGUCCCGCAACACUGUGUCAAUAUCCUGGGGCCCCUGCGCAAUGGCGAUGACGUGCUGCUCAGCUCCCGCGUGCUCACCGCACAGGUGAACUUUACCUUCCGUACCAGCUUUGCUCUCCUGCCCGAGGACGGCCACUGCUUCAUCAACAAACGGACCAAGGAAGAAUACCCGGUGGACUUCUUCUCCGCGGAGGCGUGGGACGAGCACCGACUCUCCCCCUGUAUCAAUCCCGCUCUUCCGGUUGGGAACAGCCGAGGCUUUGUGGACAAUUUCCCUCUGCUCGGGAAGCGCAUUUCCACGGUUUUAGGCAGCAAGGAUAGUCUAUCGUCAUCGGACGAUACCAAUGGCGAGCAAACGGCACAGAACCCCCAGGAAGCGGCGAACCCGCCCUCGGAGGCGACCAGCAAACCAGCGCCGGUGGCUCCCCCGCAUCUGGAGGGCGCGAUAGGACCGACUCCCAAUUUCCGCGGCUCGGCCAACACCAAAGCGACAACCGCCACAACGAUCCCCCGCGCAACCGCCUUGACGUACCUCGAACGUACUCUGAAAGAAGUCAAGCAGUUCAAGCAAGAGCUUGCAUUUGAUGCCUCCCGCCAGUCGCACAACGAAUACCCGCCUUUUGCCGUGCUGUACGGCAAGUCCGUGCCCACCGUGUAUGGGGCUCGCGUCGAGUCGCGCGAGCGCAUCAAGCAUCAAGACGCGUACGACGAUCUGGCCUUUGCCGCCGGUGAUGGCGUCUGUCUUGCCUCUGCGGCCAUGCUGCCCCCGGGAUACCGCAUCAUCAAGGGCGGUCUGGUGAAGAGCGAUCGCGGACACGUCGGACUUCUCGGCGACCUGGAAGGUGUGGGCCAGUGUCUGUUGGCUUUGGUUCGGGGCCGACAAGAGGGCGUUGGACUGGGUGGGAACCACCCGUCGUCAUGAAUCAACAUCUCCCCUUCCCUCCUCUCCCCUCCUAUACAUAUCGUCAUUCUUAUUCCCCUCAUGCAUAGAAACGAUACCCAUAC